ACGAGUCAAACACGUCUUAACCUCUCACGAUUGUCUUGGGAGCAUUUUGUUUAUUGCAAAACAGUUGUGCAGGGGAAAAGUAUAUCAAAUUAUUCCGUCCCAAAGGAUGACUGGGCAGGAUAUCGCCAUGAAGGACCCAGAAAUUGACCCCAAGAACGUUAUUAAAAAUAGGGAGACACUCUACCGUUUGAUGAUCAGUCAACUGUUCUACGACGGUCACCAGACAAUAGCAGUCCAGCUCUCGAACCUGAUUCAGGCCGAGCCCCCCUGUCCUCCCUCGGACCGUCUCCUGCACCUGAUGCUCCUGGGAACAGCUCACGAGCCAGACAGAGCGAAAAAAAACGAAGGAUCGAACGCCAACCACACGCCGUCCUUCUCCAGCUUCGACAACACCCUGGGCCCAGGCCUGGACCUGGAGUACGAGACUGAGACCCAGACACAGGCCCCGGAGCCAGCGCAGUACGAGACAGCCUACGUUACAUCGCACAAAGGCAACUGCAGGGCUGGAGCCUUCUCAGCUGAUGGACAGCUGAUCGCCACAGGCUCAGUGGAUGCCUCCAUCAAGAUCCUCGACGUCGACAGGAUGCUCGCCAAGUCAGCACCCGAUGAAAUGACGCCUGGGGACCAGGCUGGUGGCCAUCCCGUCAUAAGAACGCUCUACGAUCAUCUGGAGGAGGUGACCUGCCUCGAAUUCCACCCUCGAGAGCCCAUUCUAGUCUCGGGGAGUCGAGACUUCAGCGUGAAAUUGUUUGAUUUCAGCAAGGCCAGUGUCAAGAAGGCAUUUAGAACCAUCACAGAUGCUGAUCAGAUCAGGUGCCUGUCGUUCCAUCCCACUGGGGAUUUCCUGGUUGUGGGGACCAAUCACCCUGUCAUCAGGCUUUACGAUAUCAACACUGCGCAGUGCUUCGUCUGCAGCAUUCCCAAUCAUCAGCACACUGCUGGCAUCACCAGUGUCAAGUACUCGCCUGAUGCCAAGACGUACGCCUCUGCUGGGAAGGAUGGGAGCAUCAAGUUGUGGGAUGGGGUCUCUAAUAGGUGUAUCAACACUUUUGUCAAGGCUCAUGAUUCCUAUGAGGUCUGCUCGGUCGCUUUCACACGCAAUGGAAAGUAUUUGCUGUCUUCGGGGAAGGAUUCAUUGAUAAAACUGUGGGAACUAUCCACCAGCAGGUGUCUAAUUGCCUACACUGGAGCUGGAACAACAGGGAAACAAGAGCACAAAGCCCAGGCUAUAUUCAAUCACACAGAGGACUACGUUAUGUUCCCUGACGAAGCAACAACGUCACUUUGUGCCUGGAAUUCCAGGAAUGCGUCGAGAAAACAAUUGUUGUCCCUUGGGCACAAUGGUCCUGUUCGAUUGAUCGUUCACUCACCAACAGCACCAGCUUUCCUCACCUGCAGUGACGAUUUUCGAGCGAGAUUCUGGUACCGAAGAAUGCCAACGCAUUGAGAAUUUUACAGAUAUCGUGAUAUUUGCAUUUUAUAAUGAAUUUCAACCGAGGGCUUCAUUAAUUAUUGUUUUUUUCGUCUCAAGUUUUUUAUGUACGAAAUAAAAAAUGGCAAACGAA